AUGUUCGAGGCCAAGUUAGCUAAUGCUGCACUCCUCAAAAAGAUCAUCGAAGCGAUCAAGGACCUCGUCACUGAUGCUCCGUUUGACUGCUCUGAAUCGGCAAUGUGUCUCCAAGCUAUGGACUCAUCCCACGUAGCACUGGUUUCACUCAAGAUGGAGGUUGGUCUCUUCGAUACUUAUCGAUGUGAUAGGACCAUAAACCUUGGAAUGUCACUGGCCAAUAUGUCGAAAGCAUUGAAAUGCGCAAACAAUGAUGACACUUGUAUGAUCAAGUAUGAGGAAGGCGAUAGCGACAGUAUCACGUUCACCUUUGCUGAUACAAAAAGAGACAAAACACAGGACGUCACAGUUAAAAUGAUGGAUAUCGACAGUGAACAUCUGGGAAUCCCUGAGCAGGAUUAUGCUGUUGUGUGUGAAAUGCCUGCUUCGGAGUUCCAGAAAACGUGCAAGGAUUUGACCAUGUUCACUGACACGCUCAAUGUCACCGCAACUAAGGCUGGUAUUGUUUUCUCUGGAAAGGGUGAUAAUGGCCAGUCGGUGAUUACGUACUCUCCGAAUAGUAGUGCUGAUAGCGAGGAUGAUGCUGUAACACUCGAGGUUACGGAUCCCGUCAAUGUGAACUUUUCUAUCAAAUAUAUGAAUCAGUUCACGAAAGCUUCGUCUUUGUCAAGUCGUGUGCGUAUAUCGUUGAGUAACGAUGUACCCAUCGUUUCGACAGGCCAACAAAACGGUCAUCUACGGUUCUACUUGGCCCCGAAGAUCGAUGAAGAAGACAAUAUGGACUAG